AUAAUGUGGGUUGUAAAUUUUCUUCACAUUUUUCGAAAAAAUAAUCACAGUUGUUUAUAUUCCAAUCCGGGUUUUAGAUAUCGUUUGAUUUUUCUGCACACGUUAUUAAAUAUUUGAUCGGAUAGUUAAAAUUAUUAUAAAACUCGGGUUAAUGACUGAGAGCUAUACUACUCCUAUAAGCUGGAGGAAGAUUGCUUAUGAAUGAAGUGAGUGUAGAGAUACAGAAAUAUAGUGAGCCCCAAUGCACACUUAGAGAAGAGUAGUUUGUGAUUUUGAGGUUAUUGCAAAUGCCAAUGUUGAAGGCUUGUUAUCACCUCUUUUUACUCACUGUUGUAUUACAAUGUUCUGUUCUUUCUGCACAAAACAAUGAGGUUUCUGUGUUACUUUCUUGGCUUGCUAAGUCUUCUGUGAAAAAUCCUGCAUUUGCAGAUUGGAGUCCUUUGGAUUCAAGUCCUUGUAAUUGGUCUUAUGUCACUUGUUCAGCACAAAAGUUUGUUACUGAAAUUGAUAUUCAGUCCAUUCAGCUUUCCUUGCCCUUUCCUGCUAAUCUGUCUUCUCUUCGAUUCCUCGAAAAAUUGACCAUUUCUGGGGCUAAUCUGACUGGAACAAUCCCAGUUGAGAUUGGUGAUUGUGCUUCACUUGUUUCAGUUGAUGUUAGUUCAAAUGGUUUUGUUGGUAGUAUUCCAAGUUCCAUUGGUCAGCUUCAGAACCUGGAAGACUUGAUCAUAAACUCAAACCAGUUGACUGGAGAAGUUCCUGUGGAGCUUGGAAAUUGCAGCAGUCUCAAGAAUCUUGUGAUUUUUGAUAAUCAGUUGAGUGGGGUUCUUCCAGUUGAGCUUGGGAAUCUUUUGGAGUUGGAGUCUUUAAGAGCUGGAGGGAAUAAAGAGAUUCAAGGGAAGAUACCAGAAGAGCUUGGAAACUGUCAGAAACUGAUUGUUUUAGGCCUCGCGGAUACGAAGAUUUCAGGGUCGAUUCCAGCUUCAUUGGGUAAGCUACGCAAUCUUCAGACGCUGUCAGUUUAUACUACAUUGUUAUCAGGAGAGAUACCUUAUGAACUAGGUAACUGUUCUGAGCUUAUUGACUUGUAUUUGUAUGAAAAUGAUCUCUCUGGCUCAAUUCCGAAGGAAUUAGGCCAGCUUCAGAAGCUAGAAAAAAUGUUGCUUUGGCAAAAUAAUCUUGUUGGGGAUAUUCCAAGUGAGAUUGGCAACUGCAAAAGCUUGAAGAUAAUUGAUCUUUCUUUGAAUUUUUUGUCUGGUAGCAUUCCUGAUUCAUUUGGUCAGCUUACAAAUAUGCAAGAACUAAUGCUGAGUAACAAUAAUAUCUCUGGUUCAAUUCCAUCACUUCUUUCCAAUGCUACAAACCUGGUACAAUUACAGGUUGAUACUAAUCAGUUAUCGGGUUUGAUUCCCUCGGAGUUGGGGACUCUAAAAGAGCUGGAAGUUUUCUUUGCUUGGCAGAACAAGCUAGAAGGCAUUAUACCUUCAUCAUUGGCUGGUCUCAGAACCCUCCAAGCUUUGGACUUGUCUCAUAAUUUUCUUACUGGUAGCUUGCCUCCUGGUUUAUUUCAGCUGAAAAAUCUAACAAAGAUUCUCUUGAUUUCGAAUGAGAUAUCAGGUCCUAUCCCACCAGAGAUAGGUAGUUGUAGCUCCCUUGUUCGUCUUCGACUUGUUGGUAAUAAAAUCAGUGGAGAAAUUCCCAAGGAAAUUGGCUUACUUGAUAGCAUCAGUUUUCUUGACCUCUCUGCAAAUCAACUUACAGGGCCAGUACCAGAUGAGAUUGGUAAAUGUACACAACUGCAAAUGCUAAAUCUUAGCAAUAAUAGUCUUGGAGGCUCGCCGCCUAGCACUCUUUCUUCUCUCAGUGAGCUUCAAGUCCUGGAUCUUUCAAUGAACCGGUUUAAAGGUCCGAUUCCAGGGAAUCUCGGGCAACUUGAUUCUCUUGAAAGACUGGUGCUUGCUAGAAAUUUUUUCUCUGGCUCAAUCCCCUCAUCAUUAGGCCAAUGUUCAAAUUUACAAUUGCUCGAUCUUAGUGGAAAUGGUCUCUCCGGAAACAUCCCAGUACAGCUGUUUAACAUUGAGUCUCUAAGUAUUGCUUUGAAUUUAAGCUGGAAUGAAUUAACUGGUGAAAUCCCACCUCAGGUUUCUGGUCUUAACAAGCUAUCUGUACUAGAUCUUUCACACAACACUUUCAGUGGAGAGCUAAUGGCACUUUCUGGACUAAUCAAUCUUGUUUCUUUAAAUGUUUCUUACAACAAUUUCACUGGUUAUCUUCCAGACAACAAGGUUUUCAGGCAGUUAUCUGGAUCAGAAUUGGCUGGAAACAAAGGCUUAUGUUCAAGGGGGCGCGAGUCAUGUUUCUUGAGCAAUGAUGCAGGUACGGGGCUGUCAGGGCCGAAGAAUUCCAGGAGAUCGUUAAGGCUUAAACUUGCGAUAGCCUUUCUAGUUUUGGUUACUGUGGCAUUGGUGAUUCUUGGUGCACUAGCAGUUUUAAGGGUUCGAAAGGCGGAAACAGAUGAAAGUAAUUCUGAAAUGGGAAGAGGAAGUUCAUUUCCCUGGCAUUUCACUCCAUUUCAAAAGCUAAAUUUUGCAGUUGAUCAGAUAUUGAGAUGCCUAGUUGAAUCCAAUGUGAUUGGAAAGGGCUGUUCUGGGAUAGUUUAUCGUGCUGAACUUCACAAUGGUGAAGUCAUUGCUGUCAAAAAACUGUGGCCUACUACAGUAGCAUCCAGAUACUGUCCAAAGGACAAUGUUCAAAUUAGUAGAGGGGUUCGUGAUUCUUUCUCGACUGAGGUUAAAACAUUAGGCUCAAUCAGACACAAGAACAUUGUCAAAUUCUUAGGUUGUUGCUGGAACCAAGAUACGAGAUUGCUCAUGUACGAAUACAUGCCUAAUGGGAGCUUAGGAAGUGUACUUCAUGAAAGAAAAGGUUGCAAAUUGGAGUGGGAUACACGGUAUCGUAUAAUUUUAGGAGCUGCUCAGGGGAUAGCCUACUUGCACCAUGACUGCGUCCCUCCAAUUGUUCACAGAGACAUUAAGGCCAAUAACAUUCUCAUCGGUCUUGAGUUUGAGCCUUACAUUGCUGAUUUUGGCCUUGCCAAACUUGUUGAUGAUAAUGAUUUUAUUCGAUCUUCAACGACUCUUGCAGGUUCUUAUGGAUAUAUUGCUCCAGAAUAUGGCUACAUGAUGAAAAUAACAGAGAAGAGCGACGUUUACAGCUUUGGAGUCGUCAUGUUAGAGAUAUUGACAGGAAAACAACCAAUUGAUCCGACCAUUCCAGAUGGUCUCCACAUUGUAGAUUUUGUGAGGCAAAGAAGAGGCAAAAUUGGAGUGCUCGAUCAAUGUUUACAAGGCAGGCCAGACUCCGAAACUGAGGAAAUAAUGCAGACUCUAGGAGUGGCUUUGCUCUGUGUCAAUCAUUCUCCAGAUGAUAGGCCUACAAUGAAGGAUGUUGCAGCAAUGCUGAAAGAGAUCAGACAAGACCGCGAAGAUGGAGCAAAAAUCGACAUGAUUCUUAAAGAAUCUGCUUCAAGUGAGGGACAGAUGAUCAAUAACAGUGCUAAGGAAGGACCAUCUUCUACACCAAGACAAUGCAUGUACUCGAAAAGCAACAAUUCCAGUUUCUCUGCAUCAUCACUGCUCGACUCUUCGUGUUCUAAUUCAAAAGUGUUUCUCAAGUAGAUAACAAUGAUCUAUCAGUUGUAGAUUUCCAAGAUUGUGAUCAUUCUCUGAUGUUGCAUUUUCAUUUCUCAGAAAAAAAUAGAUAGUAUUUCGACAUUAAGUCUCUUUUAUCCUUUUAAUAGUACCGUGUUACAGAUU